AUGACGAUAAACUUCACCACCCCUGUCUGGCUUAUCAGGUACUAUUACAUUGUUGGAACUGUUUCACUGAUUAUUAACUUUGGGACAAGUUAUUUGGUUAUUGCAAAAAGCGAGAAAAUCGAUGGGAUUAGAUAUUUGUUACUGGUUUUCCAGUUCCUAUGCACCAUAACGAAUAUCAACUUUACACUCCUCAUGCAGCCAAUGUCACUUUUUCGAAUUUCCACUGAAAAAUGUCUGAAAUUUCAAAUUUCUGUCGUAAAAUGUCUGCAGUUUCGAAUUACCAUUAAAAAAAUAACUUUCCUAUGCACCAUAACGAAUAUCAACUUUACACUCCUCAUGCAGCCAAUGUCACUUUUUCCGAUUAUGGCUGCGUAUUGCAAUGGGGUCUUGGUAAAGGUGUUCAAUAUCUACUCACAUUAUUUAUUGGCGGUUUGGACGAGCCUCCUAAUAUCGGAAAUAGUUUGUCUUACAAUAUGUUUUGCUUGGAAGCAUAGGAAAAUUUCAAAGCUAGCGAAUCGUUUGAAUGAUGGGACUUAUAAUUUGUUAGCGGUUUUUGCAAUAUUUAUUGCACUUUCUUACUAUUUUCUUGCUACUCAGAUGGAUGUGAAGCGGGAAUUUCAAAUGCAGUAUGUCCGGGAGAUGUACCCCGACUACUACGACCAGUUCCAAUCUCUUAAAAAUUUUGUAAUCUACACUGAAAACACCUGGGCCACUCUUGGUAUUAUAACUUGCUCAAUUGGCUCAUUAUUUUGCGGAACUGUGCUGACCUACACAACAAUUGACAUGCUCAAAAUCCUCAAAAAGCUCAAAAUGAAAAUCUCAUCGAACAGCUAUACCCGGUAUAAGAAUGCUGUGAAAAGCCUUCUUGCUCACUUUUACACGUCAUUACUGAGUAUUCUACCGGUAACCGCGGCGAUGAUCGUUAUGUAUGCAAAGAUUGAGAAUGGUCAAGAUCUGGUUAACGGGGCUGCAGCGAUUGGUGGACUCCAUUCGUCUGUCAAUGCGGUUGUGUUAAUAACUUUUACAAUCCCAUAUAGGAAAUUUGUAAUCAGAAAGUCGGCGGAGAUAUUUGGAGUUAGAAAUAUAGCCAUGUUUUAA